AUGUGCGAACAUUUAGUAGGGACGUUCAAAUUCAAUGAAUUGAUACUCCUAAAUGAUUGCAACCUUUGCUAUCGAAACUUCGUCGCACAAAAGGCCAACAAAAGUAACAUCAUUAAUAACCUCUACGAAUUUGUUGUCAAUUCAAACAAUGGAGACAUUUUAUUUUUCUAUUUCUGUGGAUAUUCCAUCAAAAUAAUUGAUUCAAAAUUCUCACAGAACAAUAACUUUGCCUUAUUGCCAGAGGAUCACUCGAAAAAUAAUUACAUCUAUUCAAAUGAAGUAUUUAAUAUAAUUAAAAAGUUACAAGGAGGGAAACAACUGUGCAUAGUUUUUGACACCACCUAUACUUCAUACUUUGUCCCCACUUGCACCACCAUCACGUAUAAUAAAAGCAUUGACUCCAGUGAAAUAUCCAAAAAUUCUCAUUUACUGAGCACGAAUAAGAAGCACGUCUAUUCGCUGAGAACCUUUGGAAAGAUAAGAAAUCGACACGUCGAACCCAUUUACGUCGAAAAUUUGAGGAUGCCCCUGUCCCACGAUUUGUAUAAACAGGAGGAGAUGAAGAAAAAUGCAAAGGAUGUCCUCGUCCCCUCCAUCUUUUUAUUCUCCCCUGACGUGAGGGACCGAGGAGACUUUGAGCUCCUCAUCAGAAAUAGGGUUAGAGGCCUCCUAACCUACUGCAUCGGAAAGGCAAUCGUCGUGUUGAAGAAAGACUUCUCCUACCACGACCUCUUCAUCGUUGCGUCCCAAGUGCUAAUCAACAUAAAGAAGGAGUACAAAUUGAAAUACAUAAAAUUUAAGCUGUCCUUCCUGAAUGACCACUCGCCGGAUGAUAUAAAAUUCUUAUCGCACGAAAGUCUGCUUCUUAGGGGAAAAGGAAAACCGGAAGAAGAGCCCCUCUGGAAACCCUCCUUACGAUUAAACAACCUAAAUGAAUACAUGAAGGACAUUUGUAAAAUCAAGGAGAAAAAGACUCAGGUCAGUUUUUCCAAAAAGUGCUUGCUCAUCUUCAUAAAGGAUAUAAAAUUCUGCCCCCACGUCAAGAUGGACCCCUCCAUUGAGUACUUCGUCAGUUGCUUUGUCAAAGCGAAGGGUCUCAACAUACUGUACGUCAGGCGAAACAACACCAAAUGUCAGAAACUCGUCAGGGACAAAAUCUUCUUCCUGGAGUACAUUAUCCUGAAUGUGUCCGACCUGGACAAUACCAAAAUUUACGUGGAACUGUUCAAAAAGAAGAAAAAAAACUACUUCCUCGCCAGGAGCGUAUUACGGAUAAGCAACACGAAUGGAAAUUUCUCCCUAAUGGAUGAAAAGAAAAACAUAAUCGGCAUCAUCGAUUUGAGCAUUAAAUGCGUCUCUUAA